GAUUCCCGAGUGAAGAGUUAGAUUCCGAGGAUGAAAACCACUUUGAAAAAACGGUUUCUAGUGUGAUCCGGUGCGUGAUUAUUGUCGCAAAAUUAUUGAACUGACCCAAAUUUAUCUCUGGUGAAAGAAGUGAGGGUGCUAAUACGCCCGUUUUCUUUACUUUUUGGCCGAAUGAGAUGGGUGACUUCGUUGUUGUGAUGGCGAUCAAUAUUCCGAUAUGAAUAACGGCUCUCUGAACUAACUAAUUCUUCUUUGACAGAUACUAAGUUCUUUUUAACAAUAAUACCUUAAUUAGUCGAAAAAAAGUUAUUUUAAACGUGUGGUGAAAAGAAAUGCCCUUCUAGAGUGUUGUGCUUGACGACGUCACAGCAGCAUCUAAGAAAAAAAAUCUUUUUCGAAAUCUUUUGAACAUGAAAGGUGUUCUUUUUGCUUGUUCCCUUUGAUGAUGACACAGCGCCCCCUCCACGUGCUCGUCCUCACGUCUGUGCUAAUCGGCGUGGCGUUUGGGAAGGAUGGUAACUUAGUGAGUGUUACCAGCCCGGCGAGGGUCCCUGGCGACGGCGCAGCGUUGCCAGACAAAGGCAGACGGGAGGUCACGCCUACGGUAAUCCUGGGAAGAACAGGUGUACCAGUCGAGGUCACGCAUGAGGUCACAGGUUCAACCGUCGACGGCGUCCUCGCCAUCUCGGCCGGCGACGGGACGACAGCGCGCUUCCGUGUCACAACCUCUGACCUCUCGCCGGACGGGGUCACCGACGGCCCAGGAUGGUGCCAGGUGUUGCUUGAGGAUGAAGAGGUGUCAGAUGGAACGACCAGCGCCCCUUUCACCCAGGCUGACACUUCUGGGCAAGAUGAGGCACUCGGUGGCGAUCCAGAGGCUGGUGCGACCUCAUACCCGCCUAUGACGUCACAAGAAUCAGCACCAUGGCGGGAAGGAGUGACGUCACAAGAAUCAGCAACGCGGCGGGAAGGAGUGACGUCAUCGGGGUACAGCCUGGAGUGCACACACAGCCGCACGCACACAGCUUUCGCGCUCCAGCACACGUACCUUCAUCCCGGCCGGUACGACCUCCUCGCUCGUUUUCGAGACACUCAUGCGCCGUCUUACUGGGAGGUCGUAGCCGAGGUCGUCGUUAAAGAGCUGCUUGAGAUCACACUCG